CAAUGUCAUUGACCGAGUUAUCACACGUAAGGAUUCGUUAAAUGGGAUUGUGUUAUUAUAAUUGAUUUUUAGUUAAUUACGUUAAGAAGAUAUCACAAACAGUUGUUAAGAUGUGGCUCGACCAGGCGGACGGUUUCGCGGAGAUAUUUAAAGGCUAUUUGCCUUACUAUUUACUCGUAGUUUUUCCUAUUUUUAUUAUAAUGUCCCCUGUGAACCCUGUUGCCGCAUCCCAUGAAUUUUCAGUAUACAGAAUGCAACAAUAUGAUCUACACAAUGUUCCCCACGGUUGCCGAAGCUCCAGUUUCAACUUGGAAGGCCGUUCCUUGAGCUCAUGGGGAACCUCUCGUCAUUGCAUUGUCGCACGCCUUCAAGAUAUCUCAGUGGACCAGUUUGUAGAAACAAGAAAUAAGGCUGGUGCCCUUGUAUUGGUCUUACCAAAGAACGUCACUUUACUCACUGAUGAAGAAAAAGAGCACAUGACACUCCUAGAGAUGGCAAUGAUGCAGCAAGAGAUCAACAUUCCCGUGUACUUUGCAAACUGGUCACCGGAGUUUGAAGACAUCAUCGCCGAUCUCCAACAUAGCUUCAUCACCGAUGAUAAAUCCGGAACGGCUUUAGAGGCCAUGUUCAAUACCGUGUCCUCAAACGGAUAUCAGAUAGUCGUAUCAACGUCGUCGCCUCACAAGCUGGAAUCCAAGCCGGUCACUCUUCACGGCAAGCUGUUUGGCCGAGCUGGGAACACUCAGACCAUAGUCAUAGCAGCUCACUACGACGCCAACAGCUUAGUGCCGGAGUUGUCAACCGGUGCUGAUUCCAACGCGUCCGGCGUCGCGGCUCUGUUAGAGUUGGCGCGAAUCUUCUCUCGCCUCUAUUCGGUCAGCUCUGACAGAGGCGGCCCUUCGAUAUUGUUCGUCCUAACCUCUACCGGACACUCUCUCAACUAUUUCUCUACUAAGAAGUGGCUCGAAGAACAGUUGGAUUCGACUGAUGCGACUCUCUUACAGGACGUGUCGUUCAUCAUGUGUCUGGACUCUAUAUCAUCUGGGCCUCUGUCAAUGCACGUGUCGAAGCCUCCCAAGCCGUGGACGCCGGCCAACUCCAUAAAGUCCCGGCUUCGAGUCCCGGUCGUUCAUAAGAAGAUCAAUUUGGCCGACGAGACCCUCGCCUGGCAUCACGAGAGGUUCAGCAUCAAGCGCAUGACGGCCUUCACCGUUAGCUCGCUGCAGAGUCACAGGGAUCCAUCUCGCAGCUCAAUCCUGGACACUGCCAGUGAGGGCUCACUGAACACCCUGUAUACAAACGUGGUGGAAAUAUCCCGGGCCCUCGCCUCCCACGUGUACAACCUGACAGACGAACACAUUCAAACGCAUCUAUACGACGAGGCCCUGGGUGUUGACAUGGAAUCCAUCAAGCUGUGGUACAACUAUUUGUCCUCUCAGCCGCGAGCGCCUCACAUCGUCACGACCAGUCAGAACGGAGGUGUGACCGGAGCCUUAGAGCGAGCGUUGGCGAAGUACGUGGAGGUGUCCGUCAGUGUGCACGCGACCGACCGCCGUGAGCCCGAACACGCGCUCUACGGACCCACCAGGGCGCUGUUAUAUGUAUACAGUGUGAAACCCGCUGUAUUCGACCUUAUCCUGACCCUAGCGAUCGUGGCGUACCUCACAGUUUUGUAUUUCGCUAUGCAAGUGUUCCCACGUUUCUAUGAAGAAUACGCGAAAAUAGUGACAGGGAAAGCCAAGGUUCAUUAAAUAUCAACCCUAACAUAUACAAAAUAAAAUUCAUAAUCGCGUGUGUACAACGUGCGACACAAAUAUCAAUGUAAUGUACGUCGUAAUAUCAUAUUACCGACAAAUCCGAGUUGUACGCUGUACAAACAAAUCGUCGCCCUAGAUGUUAUAUAAUAUUUAAUAAAUAUAUAUUUAGCUUAUGUACAAUGUGCGACGCUCUUUAAAUCUGUAUGAAAUAGUUUUUUAAAGUACAAUUAGUGAUUGAAAAACCAAACGCAUGUUGUACAUUGUAUCUAAGCGAGUGAACAAAUGAGAAUUAGUUUAUAAAUCUGAAGCAUUGUAAUUUGUACUUUAUAUACAAGACAUAGAUGUCAUAUUAGAAGCGCUUGGUGUAUAAGGUUUAUUUAUUUAAAUUAUAUAAUGUGUAAGCAGACGGUGUAUUGUAAUGGUUGUUAAAAUUAUUUUAUCUUAUUACACAAAAUAUUUUAAAACAAAUCUCAUAUAACUAAUUUAACAGAUUAUAUAUCUGAGCGUUUACAAAAACUUUAUAUUCAAUCAAAACAAUAUUUAUUAUCUAUAUACAAGGUUAUGGAAGAGAAACAAAAUGGCGACCUGUGAUUGACUCAUGCUGAGCCAUCGUGUACCAAUAAGUAUAUAAAUUGUCCCUCAACUAAUAUCUGAUCAUUUUCCGUUGUUACAUUUCGACUAUUCUAUAUACAUUGUAAAUGAAAAAAAAGACAUUAAUUUUUUUUUUUAUUAAUUUUAAAACAUAAUUUUUAACAUACGCCCUUUAUUUCGACUCGUGAUAAAUGUUUAUGAACAUGUCCAAUAAAUACCUGUUACAUACAUAUAAGUGAAUUUUAACAACACAGAGAGUAUUGUUAUUAAGAUAAAUAUGGAUUAUAUGCAAGAAAUAUUAACGAUGUUAACUGCUAUGUAAUAUAUAUAUGGUAUUCCGAACAUAGCACAGAACAUAUAUAAACAUAUAUAUAUAUAUACACCCACACACACAUUGGUGUCCGGACGUCCCACAGUUCCUUAUAAAUGUAUUGAAUAAAUACAGUUGAAGCAAUAAAAUCAUAUCAUUAAGAAAUAUUGUGUGAGCGACAACGAAACACGAUAAACUACGUAAACAAAACUUAAAACUCGAUACAUUUUUAACGGCAUUUUAUAAUCGAACGAUGCUAUUUAAUUUAUGUUUACAGAAUUUAUCUCGUCUCGUUGUCAUUCUACACAUAUUAAGUUUUAACAAGUUUAUAUUCCGUAUCAAACACUGAGUUACCCUUUGUGCUGUAUUGAAUCAUUUUCAGUACAAAUGCCUUAUUUUAUACACACAUCUCCAUCAGUUCACGUUUUGUGUGAUGCGAGUCGCACGUUAUUCUCGUGCUGUGUUUUACCUCUUAGUAAAUACAACGAUCGUUUUAGUCCUGACUAGUUGUUCUUGUGUUAAUUCUAGAGCCGUUACGGAAGGAUCGAUUUUUUUUUUUAUCUAUUUAAUUAUUUAUCUCCGGUGGAUCGUUCCGUUCCCGGAAGCUUUUUUUUUUCGUAUUAUCUGUUUUAAGUCAUGAUUACAUUAUUUUUUUUGUUGUUACGAAUGUGUUAUUAGUUUUAAGAUGUAAAUUUUAAGAUCGGGUUAAAAUGUUUGUUAGGUAGCAGUAGGAACAAACAUGUUGUGAUUGUAAGAGAAAAUGUAGGUACAUGCAUGGAUUUGAAUAAAAGUUUUCGGUUGCUAAA